GCAACUAAGCAACGCAACAAGACAUGGAAUAGACCCGAAACCGUCCGUCGCCCACCUCCGAUCGAUUUCACAAUUCACAGCGGCAACAGCGAGGAGAAAGAAGAAGAGAGGCCAGGCCACCACCGCCACCACCACCACCCCGCGCGACGAAGCCUGCCGGAGCCUGCGUUUCUACAAGGGUUUUUGUCGUCGGGUGAUUUCGGGAGGUGGUAGAAGAGGAGGAUUAGCCAUGAACGGCGGCAGCAGCAGCAAGCAGACGCUGAUAUACAGCUUCGUGGCCAAGGGCUCCGUGGUGCUCGCCGAGCACACGGCCUUCUCGGGAAACUUCAGCACCAUCGCCGUGCAGUGCCUCCAGAAGCUGCCCGCCAACAGCACCAGGUCCACCUACUCCUGCGAUGGCCACACCUUCAACUUCCUCGUCGACCGCGGCUUCGUGUUUCUCGUGGUGGCGGAGGAGGCGGUGGGAAGGAGCGUGCCGUUUGUGUUCCUAGAGAGGAUCAAGGAAGACUUCAUGCAGCGCUACGGGUCCAGCAUCGAUGAGGAGCACCCGCUUGCUGAUGACGCGGAUGAGGACGACUUCCUGUUUGAGGACAGGUUCAGCAUCGCCUACAAUCUUGACCGGGAAUUCGGGCCAAGGCUCAAGGAUCACAUGCAGUACUGUAUUAAUCAUCCAGAGGAAAUAAGCAAGAUCUCCAAGGUGAAAGCGCAUCUUUCAGAUGUUAAAGGAAUCAUGAUGGAUAACAUUGAGAAGAUAUUGGAUCGUGGCGAGAAGAUUGAACUUUUAGUUGGCAAGACCGAAACCUUACAGUCCCAGGCCGACAACUUCCAUAGGCAUGGCAGAGAGCUGAGGCGCAAGAUGUGGCUUCAGAACCUGAGGUUUAAGCUGAUGGUGGGUGGUGGGGUUGCUUUUUUGAUCCUCAUCCUUUGGCUGCUGGUUUGCGGGGGCUUCAAGUGCUAGAGUUCAGAGUCCUCGUAUGUUAAAAAAAAAAGAGUUCAGAGCCCGCAUUCGACCUUUUCUUCCAAUGUCAUUCUGUGUUCUGUUUUCCUUGUCAUGUGAAUAUAAUGACCACCAAGAUUUGUCUAUGUUCCGAACAGCUAUCUGGCGUGGGACCCUAAUUUCUCAUGGACCGUUGCUAUGUUUCAUAUGAUCAUAGGGAUCUGAAAUACUUGUGUAAGCUUUGAAGAAGGGUCCGCCAAUAGAUUGUUUCUGUACAUUCUGAAAUGCAAGCUUAUUUGACCUUUCUAAAAUGAAGCUUAUUUGGCCUUGUGA